AUGAAGAGCACACUCCUUUUCUUACUUCAUCUCGGUCUUCUAGGAGUCACACACGUCUCUGCUCAGUCCAAGUGCCGCGUGGGAUCAGAGAAAGAAGUGAUUCCCGGCUACUCUGUGGAGUUUGAAUGUGGCAUUUACCGCGAAGGAAAGCGCCAUGAGAAUAUUGCAAAUCUCGAGGCAUGCGCUCAGAUCUGCAAGUCCGCCAACAGCCCCUACUGCAGUUACUCUCCUCCUCAAAAGACAUGCAUUGUGGGCAGUGAUAUCGGCAAAAUGGGCGCAGACUCGACUAUGUACUAUAUGAAGAGACUCCAAGGGGACGAGGAAUACCCGGAUCCCCCAACCCAUGAGGACGAGCUUACGGGGGAGCUAUCGACUUGCAAAGCAGGCUUGGACGAUUGCGACAAGGGUAAAAGAGGCCCACUCCAGAAUGCGUUCAAGGAUUCAAUCUCAAGUGAAGGCAAUGGCGAGAUUCGAUUUACUCAAAACCCAGCGACAGGUAACUGGGUAGGAUAUCGCAUGGCCUGUGACCGGGGAAUGAAUGGCCCUGUUUACGAUGCACCUGAUACGCAAACAUUGCGUGCCUGCUUGGAAUCUUGUUCUGCUGAUGGGAAUAAAUGCCAGGGUGCCGACUGGCACAAAGUCUCAAAGAAGUGUGCCAAGAAAGGGAAAGCCGACUGGGCCAAUUCUCGCCAGGAUAGUAACUACAACGCCUUCUAUAAAGUUGGCUGGGUCAAAAAGGCCUAG